GGGGGGGGGGCGGGGCAGCAAAGCAUCGGUGCAAAGAGUCAAGCGGCCCGGUGAGUCGCUACAGAGCUCGCCACAGCAAGUCGGCACUACUCUGGCCUGCAGCGCUUGUCACUUCCUCUCUGCAGCCACGCCCGCCUUUUGCGUUGCCCGCCUACUGCUUGCCGCCCGCGCUUGCGCUCCGCCUCUGGCCAUUGGCGCUGCAGCCUGCGCUGCUCAAAUCUGUCGCGCGGCCAUGCAGGGGGAGAAGAAAAGGAAGCGGGGCAGAGAAGGAGGAAAGAGCGGCGUUCCUUGGUGAGUGCGCCUGCGCUCGAGACGGGGGAUGUACGGUUCCUGCCGUCUUGCUGCCGCGGACGGGCGUCUUUUCUCCAACGCGGCCAAGAGAGAGUCACCCGAUGCAGCUCCGAGAAGAGCAGCUUCCAUGCCUCAGCGGCCUGCAGCAGGCGUGCGCUGUGCCCCUGGCGCGCAUUGGCGAUGCCGUGACCCCGCUUCUGCUGCGCAGUUGCCCACGCAGUGCGCUGCGCAGGAGCCAACAAUGAUAGCCCCAUGGCCCGGCGAUGCGCCAGGCUCGCCGCCGCUGCAUUGCAGUUGCAUGUACACGCCAGUCAGUGGGCUGCCGCCCUGGCCGCGAAUGUCAAGCCUGGUGGGGCGCCAGCUUGGACAGCGGCCUCCCUGCUUGGCGGGCGGACUCGGCGCCGCUCGAGGCGUGCAGAGUUGGGCACGUCUGUGUUGCGGGGCGCCGCGCAAAAGUUCUUGCCUGCAGAGGGCAAGAAAUACGGCUGGCAGGGCGGCCUGGCGCGGCGCGCGCUGUGUCCGCCUUGUAGGGCGCUGCAGUUUGUCUUCCUGCCACGACCUGCCCAGAGGUUGACGUGCUCGGCAGGCGGCCGGAGGUGAACGCCGAUACCGCAGCAGCGUCACGCCCCGCUGGCUCUUCACCACCUUCACUGCCGCCCGCCGCAGUUGCCUGCUUUCCAUACACUCAGCCGCAAC